GCCGGAAUUUAGUCCAUUCGGAUGAGCAGAGCCAGCAUCAUCGACGGGAAUAGCGCCAACCCCACCACGAGAUCCAUGGGACCGCCGCACGCUCGUGCCACCGGCCAUGUUCCUGCUGCAUACAGCUCGAAGCCAUGCUCGUCCAUAUCGAGUAAGAGCUCCAGAAACGUCCAGCCGUCGGCGACGGCGCUGAAGGAGUUUCGAAAGCGGUGGACGAUCUUGUCGGAAACCGAGCGCAUGCAGUGCUUGCGUGGCACCGGAGUGCAGUUUUUCGCGACUGUGGCGGAAUUGGUCCCGUGUCUCGCAUGUCGAAGCGGCGCGGAAAGCCUCUUCCUCCGCGCCACAACGACGCUACCGCUGCUUUGUGGGUCGCUAAACCCGACCAACAUGCUGAAUUCGUGCAUCCAGCUAAACGAGAACGGUGCGAUACUGUUCCACACCGACCAGAGCUUUGUGCUGCAUCCGUCGUACUUGCAGGCGGCGGACGCGACGCUCGCGCUGUUUCUGUCGCACGAAGUGUCGCAUGUGGUCCAGGCGAGUGGUGGCCACCACGCAGGGGGAUCGUCCAAGCACAGCCAGAAGCACCAGCACAAACUCCAGCAACAACAACAGCAACUUUUGCAGCAACAGCAGCAUUUGCAGCUCCAGCAGCAGGCCGCGCUCGCCGCCGCCACCACGACUUCCUCGUCGCAUCACCACCAUCACCACCCGAUGAUGCCGCCGCAGUUCCAUCAACUGACCAAGCACAACACGACGUUGAAGGUCAAGUCGACCACGUUCAACUACGAAACCACGAUGAAGCUUCAGAUGCACUCGGGCUCGGUCCCCGGUGUUAACGGCACGACGUCGUCCUCCAUGCUCACGACCACCACCACGCACCACGGCGGCACUUCGUCCACCACAUCGUCCACGCAUCACCACGCGCCAUCCGCUUCGUCCAUGACGAGCAUGCAGGCAGCGGCCAUGCAAAGUGCGCUGAGCCAAGGCGCCGGCUUGGGCUUGCUAGGCGGCGGCAGUGGGGGUCCGACCAUCUCCCCCAUGCCCCCGGGGGGCCCCGGCGGGUUGGACCUGGGGGGGCUGGGCAGCCUCACGCUGGGGCUGGGGCUGUCGAGUCUGAGCCUCGGGCUCGGUAUGAACUUUGCCAAGUCGGGAAGUAGCACCGGGAAGCGGUGCUCUCUGCACUCGGCCAAGCUCAAGACGCACCCGCGGCCGACGGCGUUUACAAGUUUGUGGGAUAAAAUGUCAGGCGACUACCAGAUGGACAUCACACAAAUCGACUCGGACCAGUUUCUCAACGACCUCGAGUGUUACCUCCGACGGCAUCGAUUCUGCUGUCGAUGCAAGGAAAAGGUGCUCGAAGCGUACGAUUUGCUCGUGGGGUCAGGGUGCAGCGAGAGCGACUGUGAGGAUUGUGCGGGGCUGCACUGCUUUUCCGACAAGAGUUCACAGGAUGACGGCGGCAUCGCUGGCGGGGGGGCGGCCGACGCGCACGCCGAGCACCUCUCUGCCACGAGCUCCAACGACGUUGACGACGACGACGACGACGACGACGACGACCGGUCUGCGUUUCUGUUUGACGAACUCACGUUCUGCCGCGACACGAACCAAAUUGUCUUGCCGUGCAAUUUGGAGUACUUGCUGCAGCUGAUGGACCGCGCCGACCAGGAAGUGGUGAUGGACAGGCAUGCGCGGACGCUGGCGGAGGCGCAGGACGAGGUGCUGACGUGUCUGGGGCUGGUGGUGUGGGACAAGCUGCAGAUGAUGUGGUCCAAGAUCCAGUGCGAGGAGAGGUCGGCGGACCUGCUCUUGUACUGUUCGAUCGCGACGAUCAAGCACAACUUUGACGUGGCGGUGGAAGCCUUGCAUGGCGAAGAGAUCAUGGAGCAGCUGCUGGCGGAAGAGGCCGAGGACGAGAUGCGCACGGUGCGCAAGAAGGAGAAGCGAAAGGAGAAAAAGAAAAAGAAGAAACAGCAGCAGGCCAAGUCAAAGGUGAACGAUGGAGAUGACGAAGAAGACGAGCAUAUCCCGGACAAGGAGCGCCAGCUGCUGUCGUCCAUGGGGUGGGAGCACGCAGACCCCGUGGACGGCGACGACAGCGAAGACAACGCGAUCCCUGAAGACGACCUCGUGUUUUGGAAGAACAACUCGCACAACCUCGAGUCCAAGCGCCUGGCUCAACGACAGAAGCUCCAGGAAAAGUUCCAAGCGCUGCUCCGGCGCAACAACCCAUGAUGGCACCACUAUCACUAGUUUGAACAUCUACGUCCAAUCCGUAAUACAUGUGAGCACUUGGCCAUAAACACGGUGAAGGGGUUGUUU